AUGAGAGAACCGCUGGCCUCGUCUCUGGCCUCGUCUCUGGCCUCGUCUCUGGCCUCGUCUCUGGCCUCGUCUCUGGCCUCGUCUCUGGCCUCGUCUCUGGCCUCGUCUCUGGCCUCGUCUCUGGCCUCGUCUCUGGCCUCGUCUCUGGCCUCGUCUCUGGCCUCGUCUCUGGCCUCGUCUCUGGCCUCGUCUCUGGCCUCGUCUCUGGCCUCGUCUCUGGCCUCGGCCCAGCCCUAG